UAUUUGGUAAAGGACGAGAAGCUCCGAAGAAACAUUCAGUGCGAGACAGCAAACAUGAGUUCCAGGUAUGAUCGAGCAAUUACUGUAUUUUCGCCGGACGGUCAUCUUUUUCAAGUUGAAUAUGCACAGGAAGCCGUAAAAAAAGGAUCUACGGCCGUAGGUGUACGGGGAAAUAACAUUGUAGUCCUGGGGGUGGAGAAGAAAGCCGUUGCUAAACUACAAGAAGACAGAACUGUGAGGAAAAUCGCUUUGUUAGAUGAUCAUGUUGCCUUAGCCUUCGCAGGUUUGACAGCAGAUGCAAGAAUAUUGAUAAACAGAGCUCGAGUUGAGUGUCAGAGUCACAAACUGACAGUCGAAGACCCUGUUACCCUAGAGUAUAUCACAAGAUACGUAGCACAAUUAAAACAGAAAUAUACCCAGAGCAAUGGAAGGAGACCGUUUGGAUUGUCAGCUCUUAUUAUAGGAUUUGAUUAUGAUGGCACUCCACAUCUCUACCAAACAGACCCAUCAGGAACCUAUCAUGAGUGGAAGGCUAAUGCCAUCGGUAGAAGCGCUAAACCAGUGCGAGAAUUUUUGGAGAAAAGUUACACAGAUGAAGUGGCAGGCAAUCAAGAGGAGUGCAUCAAGUUGGCGCUGAAGGCUUUGUUAGAGGUGGUCCAGUCUGGAGCCAAAAACGUAGAGCUGGCGGUCAUGAGAGAUAAGGAGCCAUUGAAAAUGCUAGAAUUGGAGGAAGUGGAGAAAUACAUUGCAGAAAUAGAAAAAGAGAAGGAGGAAGAAGCAGAGAAAAAGAAGCAAAAGAAAUAAUGACGCUUAGGAAAUUUGUUUUUACAUCUCUUGUCAUUUAGUAUGUCGUACCAUUCACAGUGUUUAAUUAAAUAAGAAAUAUAC